AUGGAAGUUGAUUUUACUUGGUCAAAGACGUGUGAUGCUCAUACACAUGCGCACGACGAUGUAGAAAAUCUCGAGAAAAUUGGUAAUUUGAAAACCAAUAAGGUUUGUUUAAUGGGAACUCGUUUAGAGGAUUUGGACGUAGUUUCCAAGCUUGCAACGGAUUUUCAAGAAAAGGUCAUUCCUUGCUUUGGAUUUCAUCCAUGGUUCUGUCAUUUACUUUCACUCGAGGAUGAACCUUCGGAAAGUAAAGAUCAUUAUCGAACAAUCUUAAAGGAUAUUGGACCAAAAGUUCCUUCAAGAAGUAAUUAUUUGGAGGAAUUUAUUAAUACUUUACCGUCUCCUACAUCAUUUAAUACAUGGUAUAGCAAAUUAGAAAAUUUGUUAAAAACACAUCCAAAUUCACUAUUAGGUGAAGUUGGACUAGAUAAAACAUUUCGAUUACGUGAUCAAAAAUUAAACCGUCUUAGCCAAGCCCAAACUACAUUAAAACAUCAAACAGCAAUUUUUGAGAAACAAUUGGAUUUGGCAGCCAAAUACAAGCGUGCUGUCAGUAUGCAUUGCGUUCAAUCUACGGGAGCAAUAACUCAAUUGCUUAAUAAAAAAAUCAAAGGACAGCAACCACUUCCACCUCGUAUAUGUUUACACUCAUUUGGAGGUUCCGUUGAUACAAUUAAAGCUUUGGUUAAACAAACAAAGGGAUCUUCAUUAGAUAUUUAUUUUUCUUUUAGUAUCGUUAUUAAUGAUAAAAAUAGUAGGUUACCCGAUUUAAUUAGAGCAGUUCCAGAGGAUAAAUUGUUAAUUGAAACGGAUUAUCAUUCUCCUAAUGGAUUAGAUUAUUAUAUGACAAUGAUAAUUAAAUUGGUGAGCGAAGUUAAAGAAUGGACUGAAACGACGACUGUCGAUAAAACGCGUGAAAAUUUCAUCAAAUUCAUUGGAAAUUGA